UGUUUACCCCACUUGAUGCGAGCGAAACGUCAUUGCGAGAAUCGUCGAGAAACGCAGACUGACGCAGGCUAUUGCGUUUCAGCAUUAUCUCGCAGCGAGAGUUCUUAAUUUUAUCGGGAUAAUUUAAAAUAGCGUAUUGCGACUUACCGCCAGAAACUUUAAGCUUUAAUCGCACAGAUUUCGUUGUAUUCGCCUUGAUUGGAGUGGUGUUUAUUACAAGUUUAUCGUACCUUGGUAUGAGACAUUGCGUGAUAUCGAGAAAGUAGGUAAAUAUUAAAUAUGUUCGAUACCGUAAAAUUCAUUUGUGCGGUUAAAAAUCGCCCAGCGUUGUACAAUUUUAAGUUGGAAGAAUAUAAAAAUCGUGAUUUAAAAAUCAAGUUGUGGGAUGAAGUUGCGAAGAUUAUGUAUGAUAAUUGGGAUGAAAAGCGAAAAUAUCAAAAGAAUAUUAUGUGUAAAGAACUGCAACAAAAAUGGCGAUCACUGCGUGAUCAAUUUGUUAAGGCCAGAAAGGCAGAAAAGGUUAUACGAAGUGGUGCAAAUACCAUAAAAAAGAGAAAAUAUUUAUAUUACGAUCAGUUACAAUUUCUUAUAAUUCAACCUGACGCCUGUGAGUCAUCGUCCACCUUACCAUCUUUGCUACUAGUCAAAGAAGAUGAAGUUACACAAGAAACUGAAAAAAGUUUUGAUUGUGAUAUUACAGCUGCAUCUCCUCCCUCCACGCUGCCUAACGCUGUUUCAACCCGUUCUAGGAAAAGAGCGAUGCAAGCCUUGGAUGAUGGCAUAACAACUACUACAAAUAUUUCACAACAAAGCAUUGAUUUGCAACGUAAAGAAAAGAAAGACGAUGAAUGGGGGAAUGCGGCUUUUAUGAAAUCGCUGGUCCCGUUCCUAGAUACAAUGCCUCCUGAUAUGCUUCUCCAAGCAAGAACAGAAAUCAUGGAAGUGGUUCGAAAGUGCACAACGAUGCAAUCCCGGUAGUUAACAACUCGAUAUCCUCUUUGUUUCCUAAAUAUGUGUCAAAAUAGUUUUUUAUAUUAAAAUUUUAAAGCAGC